AUGUCGGCGGCCGCGCGCAGACGUCAGGCUGUCGGGGUGAAAGGAGAAGUCCUCGCAGACGCCGCCGCCGCCGCGCCAGCAGCCCCCGCUGGCGGAGAUGAGGAGCCGGGCAUGGCGGCGGCCCCGAGCCUCACCGUCUGCCUCAAGCUGCUGGCCGCUGCCUUCUACGGCUUCAGCUCCUUCCUCAUCGUGGUGGUGAACAAGAGCGUCCUCACCAGCUACGGAUUUCCUUCCUCGCUAUGCGUGGGACUAGGCCAGAUGCUGGCUACAGUGGUUGUCCUCUGGGUGGGAAAGGUGCUUAGGGUGGUGAAGUUUCCAGACUUUGACAGAAAUAUACCUCGAAAGACAUUUCCACUACCUCUUCUCUAUUUUGGGAACCAAAUCACAGGACUGUUCAGCACAAAGAAACUAAACCUGCCAAUGUUUACAGUCCUGAGAAGGUUUUCCAUUCUGUUUACAAUGUUUGCUGAAGGAAUUUUACUCAAGAAGAAAUUUUCUUGGGGAAUUCAGAUGACAGUAUUCGCAAUGAUAAUUGGUGCAUUUGUAGCUGCAAGUUCUGACCUGGCAUUUGAUCUAGAAGGUUACAUUUUUAUAUUGAUCAAUGAUGUCUUGACAGCUGCAAAUGGGGCCUAUGUAAAACAGAAGCUAGAUUCAAAGGAGUUAGGAAAAUAUGGCCUCCUUUAUUACAAUGCACUGUUCAUGAUUCUUCCCACUUUGGCCAUUGCCUAUUUCACAGGAGAUGCGCAAAAGGCAAUGGAAUACAAAGGCUGGGCAGACACUCUCUUUCUUAUACAGUUUACACUCUCAUGCAUAAUGGGGUUUAUUCUGAUGUAUUCAACUGUACUUUGCACUCAGUAUAAUUCUGCCCUUACAACUACAAUAGUUGGCUGUAUUAAGAAUAUAUUAAUAACCUAUAUUGGAAUGUUCUUUGGAGGUGAUUAUAUUUUCACAUGGAUGAACUUUAUAGGUUUAAAUAUCAGUAUUGCUGGAAGCCUGGUGUAUUCUUACAUCACUUUUACUGAAGAACAAAUGAACAAACAAUCUGAAGCUAGCAUCAAGAUGGACAUUAAAGGGAAAAGCUCCGUAUGACAAAAGGGUUACUGAACAAAAGUAACUUUUGCUUCUUAGCAGUGAUUGCUGACAAAUCAUUAGACUAAUUAGUAUCUGUGAAUGGAAUAGUAUGGGUACUUUGCAUUUGCACAAUCUGAAGAUUGCUAAAAAGGUAUUUCUAAUUGGCGCAUAUGAAAUACUCAAGUUUUUGGGUAACUAUAAACCCACAAACAGCAUUUUUUUUAAAAAAAGUUUUAUCACAUCAGAACUCACACCAGCUGGGCAAACCAGCUUUUACUGAUACAGUAUUAAUAAUCUUGAGUGUACUGAAAACACUUCUAGAUAAGCUACAUUUUGAGAGGAUUUGUCCUAAAUAUUUCAGAACCAAAUGGGGCUCUGAGCAGGCUUUCUUUUUCACCUGCCAGUAAAGUGGGGCCCAAAUGCAUUUUUUUGCAAUUUCAGUGACAUGCAAUGUAUGGUAAGGUUAACAUUUAGCCUAGUGCAAUAAAUUGUUUAACAUGGGGCUCAACUAUUUCCAGCUUUGCACACGGUUUAAAAUUUUGUUCACCUUAAUCUUCAAUGGUAUUUAAUUAUAUCUUUAAGAUUUGAAAGAGGCUGCCCCUGUAGAGGUGCCAGACAAAGAACCUUAUAAACCUAGGUCUAUUGUUCAGAACAAGGGACUGAGUAACAUUCAUAAAAGAAUGAGAAAUGCAGAGUUCUGAGGUGAUCAAAUGUAUGCCCUGCUGCUAGGCUUUCACGUGAUUAGUAUUGCACAUGUUCUCUGUGUCAGAAAGAUAUGAAGCCCCAGAGGUUCCUCAUUCUGCUUAAACAGACAGCUGCCUUUCCAGGGAAACAGUGUAUAUUAUAGGCACCUUUCUUGAAAUUUUAUUUUUUGAAAAAGCUCAAUGUUGCAAUGCACUCAGCUGUUUUUUCCUUGUAAAUUCUGUGUAAAGAAAAGUGCUGCCAAAUUAAUGGAAACGUAGAAGAGGAGGAGUUUGAAUUUAUACCCCCCCCCUUUCUCUGCUGUAAGGAGACUCAAAGGGGUGUACAAACUCCUUUCCAUUCUCUCCCGCAACAGACACUUCGUGAGGUAGGUGGAGCUGAGAGAGUUCUGAAUGAACUGUGACUCGCCCAAGGUAACCCAGCAGGAAUGAGUGGAGAAAUAAAUCCAGUUCACCAGAUAAGUCCACCGCUCACAUUGAGGAGUGGUGAAUUAAACCUAGUUUUCUAGAUUAGAGUCCACCUGCUCUUCACUGCUACACCCCGCUGACUCUCUGGUUCAGUGUCUUUUCCUUUCAGAUACCCUGCCUCUCAUAGCCACUCUCUUAUGAACAUGGAUGGCUGUAGCAAGCAUUUCAUGAAACUACUGUGCCAUUCCUAGGAGAAGUGAAAAAGAAAAACUAAUUUAGAGGGUAGAGGUUCCACUCCUCCUAACCCAUAUGUUUGAGCCAGUGUAUCUGCAGUUGAGUAUCCCCUGAUAUUGUUGAUCUGUAAGAUAUAGAAGUUAUCACCCAGUGGAGAAGGAGUGUACUUUCUUAUUAAAAAGGUUUCCUCAUUGAUAAAGUACUUACACGAACUUGUGUUGUUGACUUGUACUGGCGUAUCAGGACAGUAUCCUUGCUAGAAAGGCCUGUACUGCUCGGGACUGUUUUUUUUCUCAGCACAUUUUGUUUGAGUAGAGAAAGUAAGCUGCCCAUAAGACCUGAGUCAAUCUGACCUUGCAAGGUACCUCCUAGCUGUGGAUACUGGCAUUUGUGGUGAUCUGAAGUCUAUAAAGCAUUUAACAAAGAAUUACUAUUAAAAUUUUGUUCAAUAAUUUGAGGAUGCAAGGAGCAAAUGGUAUCAUUUGGGAGAUAUUUUGUUCUAGAGCAAUGAAAGGACUCAUUGUACGGUCAGAGCUUGGAAUAUGGCUGAGGAAUCUGAUAGGCCAUCACUAAUAGAUUUCUGGAACAAGAAUUUUCAUGUUCAGAAAUAUUUUGACAAGAUGUAGAUCCGAACUCACUGGAUAUGAAGAUGGGGUAAGACACAAUUACCAUGCAUUCGAUAGAAUAUCUUGAAGCAAAGAACAGUCUGAAGCUGGAACUCUUUUCUGAAGGUAAAUGAAACAGAAUAAGUAACACUGAUCUGGAGAAUGCAAGGAGUUAACCCCUUCGCUGAUUACUUCCUCCAACAAGAACAAUAUGAGCCAUGUUGUGCUGUAUCUUGAGUUUCAUGCCAUGUUUAGUUACAUGUUAAAUUCUUGGCUAUUUUUCCCCAGAAAAUUGUGGGUUGAAGGGGAAGGAAUUCUUCUUGCAUUGUAAUAUUCGUAUUCAAAACAGUUGGAGGCAGCUCCUGCACCUUGGAAAAGCUACCUUCAGUACUGAGCAGCGUUAGAAAAACAUCUAAGAGCACAGCAGCUUCUUUCAUUUGCUGCCGACAGUAGUGGGAUAAAUGGACCAGAUCACUAACUCCUCUCAAUAUAAACUAAAAAAAAUUAGGACACCAGAGUAUAUAGCAGAAAACUUGCCCAUGUAAUUCUGUGGAUCUUGGCAUUAGGUCUUGUUGCAUUCAGUAACCUUUAGUGUACUUGGAAUAUUCACAAUGCACUGUAAACCUACCAUUAAUUUUUCCCAUUUUGGCUUUCAGACAGUGUUCUUUUUGAAUCUGUAGUAAAGUUGCACUAUGAAAUCUAGAGUUGCUCAGUUGGAAAGUCUAAUCUAGUAGGUGCUUUAACAGAUUAAAAAUUUUUUUUCUCAAGCACUAUUUCUGUAAUGAUACUUCAAGCAAAUUUAAUCUUUGCACCAGCUAAUUUAGAGAUUAAAAUAUUUAUUUUCUAGGAUAGCAUUUCAAAGGGCCUUCAUCUCCGGAAAUACAAGUCAUUUUUGUAAUAUGACAAAUACACAUCUCUGUGAUAUGUGGAGACAGGGUUAUUUGAAGAGAAAAACAUUUAGAAACUUCAUACUUUGAAAGUUAAAAUGUUUUUAUUAAGCUACUGUAUCUUUAACAAUGCUCUCUCAGAGGCUGACUUGGCAUUCUGCUCCUGGAAAAAGUCUAACCAUAAUAAAUUAUACUAAAAUUAGGAUCUGAGUAUAAGGCUGCAAUCCUAAACAUGCAGUACAUAAAAUUUACAUUGAAAUUAAUGGGCACCGAGACAGCCUAUAAAUUCCGUAAAUAAUGAGGUUUGUUAGGGCUACAAUGUUACAUUUUUAGCUACAGGUGCAAGUACCUCUUAUAGACCAAUUGAUGGCAAUGCAUCAGCCAUCCUAGUCUCCUAGAGGCGACUGAGGGCAUCUUGGAUGGGUGAUUUCCCAAACCUUUCUCAGGGAGGCAGGAACUAAAACUUGCUACUUUCUGUGGAAGGCUUGGGUGUCCAUCUCGUGCUCCAGUAUUUUUCCUGCCUCAGUAGGGAGAGCAGUGAUUCUAGUGAGCUCUAUAGCCAGUAUAGGUUUUCUCUUCUUUUCAGUGUUUUUUGUCUGUUUUUGUCUAUUUUAGUCAGUGGAUGUUCUCGUAGUUAGUUCUGUCAGUAGGGCUUGUUGGGCUGUUAGAAGGGAAAAGAAAAACGGGCAUUUUGUUUUGCCCGCCUAAAAUCCAAGGUCAGAAAAUUACAUCUUGGUUCUUUCCCCCUCCAUGAGAGAUCUUUAGCAGAGGGGAUCAGAGCAGCGACCCAGAAAGGAUCAAAGGGGUCCCAGCCAGCAGUCCGUACCCAGGAGUCAGUUGUUUCGGGAAGGGCUGCCACUUUAAAAAAAAGAAUGGUGUUCAAUCACUUGUUUCUACUACAACUAAUUUGGUCACUUGAAAUCAAGUGAGGAAGCUGCAGGAAUAUUGACAAUAAAGAAUCAAAUUUUCUUAUAUAAAAUGUAUUCCAUACCUUUUAAAAAAUUCCUGUUUUUGUUUUACUUUCCUCCUCAUGGUAGGUAUGAACUACAUUUUAGCAAAACACAGAUAGUGCCUAUUAAAAGUAUAUCUCACGAUACCAGAUGUGAGAUUAUGUACCACACUGCUACUUAUCUUUCAGUUGCUAGUGCAGCUCUCUUACCUUGUACUGCUACAGUCCUGCCAAAAACACAGUACACAAAUAAUUGUUUAUGCAAAUAACAUUUGUGUGGAUAUGUUUGUUUGCAUGGUCUGUUCAAAAACAUGAACUGAAGUCCUGGUACAUUAACUUCAAGUUGUUUUGGUAAAUCUGCUGUACUGAGGCAGUUGCUCUCAGGGUAUUUUAUAAUGUUUUUAAAAAUCUGGAUAGAUGUACUGUCAUGUAAAAUAGUUCUGUGUUCUAUAAAUAUACACCUUUUUAGUGCCAAAUUACAGAAGGCAUUGCAUACACUGGGAAGGUGAACAAAUUACGGUUUUAUUUUCUGUGUUAUGAAUUGCCCUCUAAAUAUUUUCUGAUAUAGAAUUUAUUUACAAAAACAAGCAUUCUAGCAGUAAAGGUCAGCUUUUUCUAAAAUAAUAGUAAUAAUGUAUGUCCUGUAGGCUUUAUAUAUAAAUUGUAAAUUAGAUGACACUGAAAGGAAUUUUAUGUGCAUAUGUAUUUUUGUAUUUGUUUCAAAUAAAUUUUCAAAGAAUUUU